ACUAGUAAACACUUUUCCCUGACAGUACGUUCUUUGUUUACGGGUGGGCGCUCAUAUAUUCAAACACCGGUUGAUACGAAUUUCGCUGAAAGUUGUUUGCAUGUCCGUAGCCUAAAUAUGUCGCAGUCACAGCGCCCUUCGCAAUCUCAAGUAACUUCAGUGCCACGCUCGACAGCUAUUAAGUUCGUGAAAUAUAUGCUGAACAACUCGCUCAGCAAAAUUCCGAUAAAACGAGUGGAUCUAACCACUCAUGUCCUCGGCGGUAAUUCAAAAGCGUUCUCCGCAUGUUUACAACAAGCUCAGGAAAUUUUACUGGAGAUUUAUGGAUCAAAAAUAGUGCAAAUUCCAAAUAAGACUCCUCCACAAUAUAUUUGUGUUUCAACACUGGACCCUGCGAGUGAGCUUGAACAUACCCCGGCGCAAAAGAAAAAUAUGUCACUGUUGUUCCUGGUUUUAUCAUUUAUUUUUAUGAAGGGCGGGUCUAUUAAUGAAGAAGCAAUUCGUCAGUUUUUGAAAAAAUUAGGUAUAUCGCUUAAUGAGCCACAUAACUACUUUGGUAAUGUUAAGAAACUACUAACGGAAACAUAUCCAAAGCAGUUGUACUUAUCUAGAGAGAAGCACGUAGCGGAAGGGAAAAUUGAAGCAGAGUUUUUGUAUUCAUGGGGUUUUCGAAGUGAAGUAGAAUUUCCGAAGAAAACUGUCUUAGCUCUUGUGGCCGAGAUACUCCAGAAACCAGCAGUCUGUUUCGGGCAGCAAUAUCAAGAAAUCUAUGGUGAGGAAAAUGUGAACAUGGAAACUGAUUAGAUGUACAGUUUUAACAAUUGAUAAAGACUUUCCGCUUAGAUGUUUUUGUUUUUUAUAAAGAAAUAAAGUUGCGUUUAU